AUGGGACCAGCCGUCGGUAUCGACCUGGGUACUACCUACUCAUGCGUCGGUAUCUUCCGUGAGGACCGAUGUGAUAUCAUCGCCAACGACCAGGGUAACCGAACGACGCCCUCGUUCGUUGCCUUCACCGACACCGAGCGUCUGAUUGGUGAUGCCGCCAAGAACCAGGUCGCCAUGAACCCCCAGAACACCGUCUUCGACGCCAAGCGGUUGAUUGGCCGCAAGUUCGCCGACCCUGAGGUCCAGGCCGACAUGAAGCACUUCCCCUUCAAGGUCAUCGACAAGAACUCCAAGCCCGUCAUCGAGGUUGAGUUCAAGGGCGAGAAGAAGACCUUCACCCCCGAGGAGAUCUCCUCCAUGGUCCUGACCAAGAUGCGUGAGACCGCCGAGGCCUACCUUGGUACCACCGUCAACAACGCCGUCAUCACCGUCCCCGCCUACUUCAACGACAGCCAGCGUCAGGCUACCAAGGACGCCGGUCUCAUUGCCGGCCUCAACGUCCUGCGUAUCAUCAACGAGCCCACCGCCGCUGCCAUCGCCUACGGCCUUGACAAGAAGGUCGAGGGCGAGCGCAACGUGCUCAUCUUCGAUCUCGGUGGUGGUACCUUCGAUGUGUCCCUCCUGACCAUUGAGGAGGGUAUCUUCGAGGUCAAGUCCACUGCCGGUGACACUCACUUGGGUGGUGAGGACUUCGACAACCGUCUGGUCAACCACUUCGUCAACGAGUUCAAGCGCAAGCACAAGAAGGUUAGUAGCAGCACCCAUGUUGCCCCCCACUCUUUAGACGCACGGCAUAUGCUAACUCCCGACCAGGAUCUGUCCACCAACGCUCGUGCUCUCCGCCGUCUCCGCACUGCCUGCGAGCGUGCUAAGCGAACUCUGUCUUCGUCUGCCCAGACCUCGAUUGAGAUCGACUCCCUGUACGAGGGUAUCGACUACUACACCUCCAUCACUCGUGCCCGUUUCGAGGAGCUGUGCCAGGAUCUCUUCCGAUCCACCAUCCAGCCCGUCGACCGUGUCCUUGCCGAUGCCAAGAUCGACAAGUCUCAGGUCCACGAGAUCGUCCUCGUCGGUGGCUCCACCCGUAUUCCCCGCAUCCAGAAGCUCAUCACCGACUACUUCAACGGCAAGGAGCCCAACAAGUCCAUCAACCCCGAUGAGGCUGUCGCCUACGGUGCCGCCGUCCAGGCCGCCAUCCUGUCUGGUGACACCACUUCCAAGUCCACCAACGAGAUCCUGCUUCUCGAUGUCGCUCCCCUGUCUCUCGGUAUCGAGACUGCUGGUGGCAUGAUGACCAAGCUCAUCCCCCGCAACACCACCAUCCCCACCAAGAAGUCCGAGGUCUUCUCCACCUUCUCCGACAACCAGCCUGGUGUGCUCAUCCAGGUCUACGAGGGUGAGCGCCAGCGCACCAAGGACAACAACCUGCUCGGCAAGUUCGAGCUUACCGGCAUCCCCCCUGCGCCUCGUGGUGUUCCCCAGAUCGAGGUCACCUUCGACGUUGAUGCCAACGGUAUCAUGAACGUCUCUGCCGUCGAGAAGGGCACUGGCAAGUCCAACAAGAUUGUCAUCACCAACGACAAGGGCCGCCUGUCCAAGGAGGAGAUUGAGCGCAUGCUGUCUGACGCCGAGAAGUACAAGGAGGAGGACGAGGCUGAGGCCAAGCGUGUCAGCGCCAAGAACGGCCUCGAGUCGUACGCCUACUCUCUCCGCAACACCCUCAACGACCCCAAGGUCGAUGAGAAGAUUGAGGCCGCCGACAAGGAGACGCUCAAGUCUGAGAUUGACAAGAUCGUCCAGUGGCUCGAUGACAACCAGCAGGCCUCUACUGAGGAGUACGAGUCUCACCAGAAGGAGCUUGAGGGUGUCGCCAACCCCAUCAUGAUGAAGUUCUACGGAGCUGGUGGUGAGGGUGGCAUGCCCGGUGGCAUGCCCGGCGGUGCCGGUGGCUUCCCUGGCGCUGGCGGCGCUCCUCACCAGGGUGGCGAUGACGGCCCUACCGUCGAGGAGGUCGACUAA